AUGGACGACGUUUCUGUUCCCCUACUACAGUCAGAUAUUGGUGCCAACAGCACAGAGAGUACAUCCGUUCCAGCGUUAAGCACAGCCGAUUCAACUAAACAGGGCCCAGGAGAGAUCGCCUACUCAUCAAACAUAUCGCCGCCCGCCAAGUAUGGAUUCCCUGGGGGUGCUUGUGGCCCUCCAGUGCGAAAUAUCCUCACUCCUGGAGUGCUACCGGGACUUGGAAUCCUGCCAACACCUGCAACGUUCGGCAAUACGCCGAGCCUAGCAAUGCUUAGUCCUCUUCUACCACAGUAUCCUGUUGCAUCAGGUCACUUCAUGGACACUUCUGCAGCGCCUCAGAUUCUCUUUAACUCAACGCCGGGAAGUAGUUAUUAUCAACCUCGCCUACACCCUGUUCCUAAACCGACAAACCCUGACCCAAUUCAGCAGCAAAAAUAUGAAGAGUACAUUGAAUGGCGUAAAGCUCAUGAGCCCGGAUACGCACUUGCAUGCAAAGGUCGGCAACAACGCCGUGCCCAACGUGGUAUAGCAACGCAACCUGUAUCAAUGCAUCACGCUUCGUGCGAAGGAGCCCAAAUGGUUCAGUGA